AAGAAAACAAGAUCAUCAGAAAGCAGCACAUCCAAGCAUUAUUGCAACAAUGGGAAGCAAUGAAGGAUAUGGAGCAGAGAGGUAUGCGGUGGUAUCGGGAGCAAACAAGGGAAUUGGAUAUGAGGUGGUGCGGCAACUUGCUGCAUGUCAAGGGGUGGUGGUGGUUUUAACGGCUAGAGAUGAGAAAAGGGGAAGAGAUGCCACGUCACAGCUCCAUCACUUGGGUUUCUCAAAUGUGCUCUUCCAUCAGCUUGAUGUUUUGGACCCUUUUAGCAUCCAGUCUUUGGCCAACUUCAUAGACAACAGAUUUGGCAGGCUUGAUAUCCUGGUUAAUAAUGCUGGAGCCAGUGGAGCAGUGGUUGAUGAGGAAGCUUUAAAAUCCCUAAACAUUGAUCCCACAACUUGGCUUUCAGGCAAAGCGGUCAACAAAAUUCAAUGUGCAAUAAAAUUCACUUAUGAGAAGGCUGAAGAAUGCUUGAACACAAAUUACUAUGGUGCUAAAAGACUAACUGAGGCUCUUCUCCCACUCUUGAAGCUGUCCCCUCAGGGAGGAAGGAUUGUGAAUGUCUCCUCUCUAAGGAGUGAACUUAAGAGGAUACCAAGUGAAGAAAUAAGAAAUGAGCUUGGGGAUGUGGAAACCUUGACAGAGGAGAAAGUAGAUGCACUUUUGACAAAGUUUCUGGUUGAUUUUAAACAAAAUACACUUGAAGCCAAUGGAUGGACACUGAUGCUGCCUGCAUACAGCAUUUCCAAGGUCACCCUCAAUGCCUACACAAGAAUCCUUGCCAAAAAGUAUCCAAAGAUGUAUAUCAACUGUGUGCAUCCAGGCUUUGUCAAUACAGAUAUCAAUUGGCAUACAGGAACAAUGACUGUGGAAGAAGGGGCUGCAGGUCCAGUCAAGUUGGCUCUUCUACCAAAUGGAGGCCCUACAGGCUGCUAUUUUGAUCAAACUGAAGUUGCAGACUUCUAGUUCAUAUAUAUGUUAUAAGUUAUGCAUUUCCGCCUGGGUGUUAAGUAAUAACUAUAUCAAGUUAUUUUGAUAAAAUUUGAAAUAUUAAGCGCUUGUGGGAGUUAGAAUGAUUCUAUUUCCUUUUUGUGGCCAUCAAGACUUGCAA